GAAGUUCAGCGGCUGGCGGAGAAAUUCAUUCAUCUCAUCGAACUUUAUUGAUAACGUCGGCAGAUAGCUAGUGAUUUCAUUCGAUCCGGUCCGCGAAAGACCCACUGGUGUGGCAAUUGUUUUGAUUUCGAAUCCCGUGAAACGUGUGUGUUUCUCCCAGACCACAAAUAUGUGAGUUUCGAAAGAGAUUUUGUGUGACGCGGCCAUAUUUGAAGAGUUUUGUGUGUUGGAUGUGGGGCGAGCUGCGGAAAUUACAUAAAUACAACGCAGCCUCCCCCUAGUAACACGCAGUGAUGGAUCGCAAAAAAAGUCCUGGAGCUGGACAAGAUCUGCCGCCUGUGCAUUUCGGAGCGCAAGGAGAUGCGCCCGCUAUUCAGCGAGAAGGUGCCCGAAAUGCUUAUGGACUGCACCAAUGUGCGCGUGGAGCCCACGGAGGGCUGGCCGGACAAGAUCUGCGUGCAGUGUGUCCACGCCGUGAGCAGGAAUCACGCCUUUAAGACGCUCGUCGAGCGCAGCGACAAAGAGCUGCGCGAAUACAUCUGCGGCCUCACUGUCGCCUUGGUGAUGGAGGAACAGCAAGCGGCCAAUGCCAAGCAGCAGCUACAGCUGGAGCGCAAGCAGCAGCGAAUGCUGCAAAAGCAGCAGAAACUGCUGGACGAGCAACUGCAGCAGCAGAACUUAAUCCAGCAACAGCAGCAAACUCCGACCAAACCCAAACUGAAGCCGCUGCUCCGGAAGGGAUCUCGCCAGCAGAAGCAGCGGCUGCUGGAAGCCGCUCCUCCUCCGGCACCACAGCCUGCGCCCCAACCACAGAUGCAACUUCUGCCGGAUCCCGCGCCGCCACCGCCCACGCUGCAGCAACAGAUCCAGCAGAUUCAGCUGCCCACUCUCCAGCCAGCUCCCGCCCAGCUACUGUCCACUGCCGGUGCCACCACAACAAUGCCGCAGCAGAUCCUGCUGCCCAACGGUCAAUUGAUCACAACAGCCCAGAUUGUGGCGCCGCAGCUAGCGCAGAUUAUUAGCACGACGCCGCAGGCGACCGCCAAUGGACAGGCCACCGCUGCCCAGUCUCAAUUCCUGCCCCAACUCCUGCAGACGCCGAACGGGCAAACACUGCAGAUUGUCCAGCAGCCCAACGGAACGCAGACCCUGCAGCUAGUCCAACUGGUACCGCAGCGCAGUUUGGCGCCCACCGGAGUGACAACGGUGACCACCACCACCAAUGCCACGGACAUGGGCCAGCAUGUAGACGCUUCCCUGGCGGAUGCGGACGUCCAGCUGCUGGAGGACAGCUGCGAGGUGGAGGACGACGACCUGGACGAGGUGUACGAACAACUCGACAGCAAGGGAGAUCACAGCUUCGAGACCAUUGUCCUGGACGACGACCAGCAGCAGGAGUUCCUCAAGGACCACCACGAGCACCAUCAAGUGAUGAUCAACGAAGAUCUUACGCAGAGCGAAAGCCAGGAGCACGAGUACUUUGACGAUUUGGACCAACAGCAGGCGAUGGAUGAGGCAGAAGAAGAGGAAGAACAGCUAAAGAACGAAGAAGACCAGGAUACGUUCAUCAUCGAGGAGAUCCAGCUGGAGGAUGACGAGAUGCUGGACGACCCGGAUGUUGAGGAAAUUGAUCAGGACUGUGAGUACAUCACGGAUGAUCAAGAACCGCAUCUGUCCGGCGAUGUGGACGAAGACCUGCAGUACAUCAUGGAGCCACCGGAUGGCGAGGGCAGUGUGGACAUUGAUCAGGCUUUCCUCGAGUCCGACCAGUCGCAUCAUCAUCAUCAUCAGCAGCAGCAUCAACAGCAGCAGCAGCCAGAUGAAUUGCAGAGCAUAUCACUGGAGAACGCCGUCGUUGAGUUUAGCCAGGCCACAGCCACGGCGGACUCACUGGUGCCUCCCACUCUGUCCGUUAACUCGGCGAGUCCCACGCCCAAGCGGGCCAAACGAGGCAACCAGGCAUCAGCCGGCGUGACGCUAGAACCCUGCGACCACCAACCACCUACCGCUGGACCGACGAUCAGCAGCAAGCUGGCGGCGGCCAACUCCCGUCAACUUGUGCAGACAGCCAGCGUUAUUGCCGCCGCCGGAGCGGAUGACAACUACGAAAUAGACGCUAAUCUUGUGACGGAGUUCAUACGUCAGCACACCUCGCCGCUGGGAUCGGGCCGGUACAUCUGCCACCUGUGCAGCACCGAGUUCCGGCAGUUCAAGGGCCUGCAGAACCACAUGCACUCGCACACCAACUGGAUACGGGCCAAUUGCAAAAAGCAGCCGCAGUGCGAGAUCUGCCUGAAGAGCUUCAAGGGGCCGGGAAUGCUGCGGAUGCACAUGAAGACGCACGACGCUGAAUCGAGCACUCCGGUGUGCACCAUCUGCAAUCGCACCUUCAAGUCCAAGGCGAUCCUGUACAGGCACAGGCAGACGCAUCAGCAGCGAGCCUACUGCUGCGGCGUGGCCAACUGCCGGAAGAACUUCUCCUCGGCGGUGAACUUGAAGUGCCACGUGGAGCGCAAGCAUCCGGAGGUGGUGGAGCCGCUCUUCAAGUGCGGCGAAUGUGGAUCUCUGUACGACAGCGUGGACUCACUGCAGGUGCACGUCGAGAGCACGGAUCACAGUGCCGAUGUGCAGAUGAGCACGCAGGACGAUGCUUUCAGCGGAGCGGUGAGCAUCGUGAGCAACGGCACCACCGACAUGUCCAACAUGAUGGCCACCGGCCAGAGUGCUGCAUUGACCGGCGGAGCUGGCGACACCCACGCCGUGGUCGUGGGCUCCUCCGGCGAGGUGUACUUCGUGACGCAGGCGUAGCCAGCGGGAUUCGCCGCAGCAGUCGCUCCUGGUGACGGCGAGUGCCUGCUCGGCAUCUAGAUGACCACUUAGAUGUAACAUAUGAAUAUAUAUAUAUAUAUAUUUUUGUACUACCCCGUCUAGAUAACACUUUAGCCCGUAGCACAACCACACAAAAUAUUGCAAUCCUAGAUUUCUGUCGUAGAACUUGUUUAAUAGAAAAUAAGCGGAUUCACUCGAAUUUUGUAAGCAAAUACGAAACUUUAGGUAGGCAGAUAGAUCGGACACACAGAUCCCACACAUCCAAAACGCUAACUGACUGUGUAAAUCCUGCGGGGACUGUGCCAGUUUUUGUUUUUAAUUUUAUUACCCUAACAUUAUUAUUUUGUUUUGUAUCCCGGGGAAUAUCAGACUGGCAUCUUAGGCUAAACAUAAUUUGGCGUUGGGUUUUCAUUGUUGGGCUUUGAAACGUAAAUAAGAAACAUUGUUUUAAUUGCAACAAAAUAAAUUAACAAAACCUUCUUUAAAAUCCACAA